UGCUACAUUAGUUCGACUUGUUCGGUACGGCACGGUUGGUUUUGGUUUUCGCAAACGAUUUGUUAUACUCGCUUAGUCAGUUAUUUCUCUCGACCCAUAGCAGCAGCAGCAGCAGCUUGAUUUGUGCGGUCGUCAGUUGGUCCGUUUUAAUGGAGAGCGGGGGAGAGAAAACGAGAAAAUAAUUAAAACUAUUCAUUGUUAAUCAAUUGCGAGGUGCCCGUUCUUUUUCGCCGUCCGCCCUUCAUUGUUUGUUUGUACGUUUGCUUGUGCGUGUUUGUAAGGUGGUUGUGAUAAUUAUAAAACAAGUAUUGUAAUAAAAAUAUUUAUAACAGAAAAUGCAUAGUUCUAUGAAUUAAACGACAACAUCGAUACUAAGUUCACUUGUGCUACAGUCAGUUAGUCAAUACAAAUAUGCACCAUUAUUAGCAUAUCAAUUUGAAGUGUGUGCUAAAAGCAGUGUUCUAAUGCAAGGAGAAGAAAACCCAGUCAAUCAAACACACACCCACACAUACACGCAUGAAAGGAAAUGUAAGUGAUUGUUGAAUAAGGAAUACAAGAAAAAAAACAAGAGAAGUGAGUGUAGUGUGUGCAAAGUGGCGUAUGAUGGAUAUGCCACAAUAGAUAUAAUAACACUCGUCGGUGGGCCCAACAUCAUUCAUCCAUCCAUCCGUCGUAACCAUCAUCAACAUCAACAUCAUCAUUGGCGUUAUCGUUAUCGUUACAAGUCGUGGUCUCGUUUUUUGGCGGUUGUUGGUGGGGUGGUGAUUCCUACAAACUUACAAAAGUUAUUUUUGUAAUUUCGUCUUCGGUCAGUCAUUCGACGAAAGCGUAGUGGUAUGCGUUCGUGAGUGUGUGAAGAAUAUGCAAAUAUGUACCCACAAAUUGUGUUAUUGUUGUUGUUGGCGACUCUCAUUGAAUCAAAAUAACAAUAAAAAUAUAAAAAAAGAAUUGCUCAAAUCGCGCUACCACCAAAAGACGUUCGUACGUCUUGUCAAUUUUGGCCUUCAUAUGACAAUAUCAAUGGAUUUCGAUCAUAUUUCAUAAGUGUGCUUGGUGGGAAAAAACGGCAAAAUCAAAGCAAGGCUAUUUUUACGCUAUAAAGUGAAGUGAAAAUUUCCAAUAAACAAAAAUGCUAACGGUUCUAAUGAGAUAAACGUAACCAGAAGUACCAGUACCUACACACAGUACCACAAAUUGAAUUAUUGAUCUCUGUCAAGAUUCAACAAAAUAAAAGAAAUAACGGCAAAACAGACAUGCAACAUUUAAAUGUGAAAUGGGACCAGAAAACAUUCCACAAUUGAGCGAAGCUAAUUUGUUGUCAAUGGAUAUAGGGGGAGAUGCUCACAAAACGUCUGCUAUGGACAUCACAAACACACGAAACGAUGUAGACACUCACCGAACCCAAUCAAUCUCGUCUUGGAGUCCCGACAAUGACACUGGCACCGAUGUGGGUGACGACAAUAUGUCUCAAGUUGGCUCCGAUUAUUCGGAAGUGCAAAACAAUGAUUUGUACAACCAUGCCAUGCCAACCGACGAUGGCUUUGCCGACGAUGUAAAGUACCAUCCUUCAGAAAUGAUGUUAAGGCCCACAUCGUCAUCGACAAUUCAGUUCAAUUAUAACUUUCCUCCCUUGUCGACGUUAGCGAUGCGACCAUCGCAACGCCCACACCACCACCUGCCUCCACAUGUUCCAGAGGACCAACAUUAUGCCCAUACUCACCCGCUACAGCAUCAGCAGCAAGAACAGCACCAGCAGCACCAAGGGCAUCUCUUCAGAGAUCCCAGGGAUAUGUGUGCGUCGCCCACUGUCGAAUGUAUGCCGCAUGCUCACCCUAGUCAACAGAGUUACUUCCAUUCGAAUAUGUGGUAUCCAAAUGCACCAAUCGGCUCCUAUCGAUCCUAUGGAUCUCACUCCUGCGGCCGUCAAUUUGUCCCCCAAUAUUCCCAUGACCACAUGUUGGACAUGUUUCAAUUAUCCAAUAGUGGUCGAGAAGCGCGUAAUCGUGCAGAAAAAAAUAGACGAGAUAAACUCAAUGGCUCAAUACAAGAACUCUCAACAAUGGUAGCACAUGUUGCAGAAUCUCCUAGACGAGUUGACAAGACAGCUGUUCUCAGAUUUGCUGCCCAUGGACUACGUCUUAAGUACGUGUUUGGCAAAAGUUUAAACAACCAAUCGUUUCAAACCACAGAUACUCUGAUGAAAUUGUUAGACAGCUUCUUCCUGACUUUAACGUGCAAUGGUCAGAUUGUUUUAGUCUCUUCCAGUAUAGAACAACAUUUGGGUCACUGUCAGGCUGACCUGUACGGACAAAAUAUUUUGCACAUUACCCAUCCAGAGGACCAUCAAAUGCUCAAGCAGAAAUUAAUACCCACAGAUGUCGACAGUCUAUUCGAUAUCCAGCCUGAAGAUGAAAAUGGCGAACCAAGGCAACGAACUCAAGCUGAGGAAGAAGAAAUCGAUCGAAGACUAAGGGAAGAUCGACGUAGUUUUACAGUGCGAUUGGCAAGAUCGGGACCUCGGUCGGAAACAACCAGCUAUGAAUUGGUUAAAAUCGAUGGCAGUUUUCGCCGUAGUGAUAUGGCCCCAAGAGGUCUGAAGACAGGCACAUUACCCUCCACCCUGCAGCUAAUGCGUAGAAGUCGAGGUCGGGAGGACAUAUUGCCAUUGCAUACAAUAAGUGGAAAUGAUAUUGUUCUUAUUGCCAUUGCUCGCAUUGUGCGACCGCCUGUCAUAAAUACAGUCCUUGAGGCCAAUCGAUUAGAGUACAAGACGCGUCACUUGAUCGAUGGUCGCAUUAUCGAUUGCGAUCAACGCAUUAGCUUGGUGGCUGGCUAUAUGACCGAUGAGGUGCGAAAUUUAAGUCCAUUCACCUUUAUGCACCAGGAUGAUGUGCGAUGGGUUAUUGUAGCUCUGAGGCAAAUGUAUGACUGCAACAGUUCGUAUGGUGAAUCCACAUAUCGACUAUUCACCCGCAAUGGAAAGAUCAUAUAUUUGCACACCAAAGGGUUUCUUGAGAUCGACAAGACCACCAAUAAAGUGCACUCGUUCAUCUGUGUCAACACCUUGCUCAGCGAGGAGGAAGGUCGCCGGCGAGUUCAACACAUGAAGACCAAAUUCUCUGUGAUCAUCGAUACCAAGAUACCACAGUCACUGGCGGAUGUACCUGCCUCGGAAAAUCCGCUGCAAUUGGAGAAGGCCGUACUGUGUUUAAUACAAAAUCUGCAUCAAUCUGCCUCCGAGGAUGAGACUGACUCCAAUAUGUCAACCUCUAUGACAUCUGCAGCAUCUUCGUCAAAGUCACAAAAGCACCACCACAUGUACCAUCAUCAAAGUCCACAUUCACCCUAUGCCACCACAGCUCAAGGAAGUCGUCUGGCAAAAACUCCACCAUUGGCGUUGGUCCCACCGGCAGCCGAAUCUAUUAAGAAUUCAAUUAGCAAAAGCGUUUGCGUUGUAAAGACGACAGCUGGGAAAUUUUUACAAGUCCAUAAUAGCGAAAUGUCCUAUCGGCCAGCUAAUGGUAACGAUUCUGGCGGUGAAUCAUCGACCAAUGGAGAAAGAAGUCGUUAUUCCAGUAAUGUGGAUAGUGAUACAGAACUGCAAGGAUUCUUGCCAUAUGAUACAACACGGAUAGCGCCAACCAGCGGAAUGAAAAGAAAAAUAAAUUAUUCCACUUCGGAAACGGAGGAAGAUGAUGAAUACAAAGUACCUGCACAACGAAGAAGAGCCACAGAGAAGGUGUCUGAGAGUUCCAUAGAACAGCUGGAUAGUAGACAACUUAAUGGACCAUUCGAGUUAUUAGAAGAGAAUCUAGAUAAUGUAAUUGAGGAGUCAAAUAAAAAUCAACACAACUACAGUGAUAUAGUCAACGAUUUUGAAUAUCCACCAAGUGAUUUUGAAAGUGGAAACGACAAUGCCAAAGGAAAUGUCAACGAAAUGUCACCACCCUCCUAUCAGACGGGCAGUUUAGAGUCCCUUGCACAACAAAGAACACCUGAAUGCAAUGAGGAACUAGACUCAUUGCAAUCGCCUAAUUAAGCGAAAGACUAGAGUACCUUAACCUCAAUGCCUCUGAAAUGAUCAAGAAGUAACUAAUACCUACAGCUACAAAGCCAAUAACGUAUCCUUUGAAGAUAUUCAAACAGGUUUCAUAGGAGAAAACUAUUUUACUAUAUAUUGUAGAUUUUUAAAUUCGUUAAAACCUCGGGCAAUGCCAGUAGCGGAACUUAAGAAAAAUAUACAAAAAUCCCAUACACUCAAAUGAAAACACGCCCCUGUCCAACGUAAGCAUAAACAUAUUUGUAUUUGAGUAGGUAUGUAUUGUAGUUAUUAUAUGAAAUCAAAUCAUCGUUACAAGAGAAAAUCGAAGACAUUUUUAAGGAUUCCAAUGCCAUUUUUUAACUUGUCAAAGGGCUUUAGAGAUUAGACACACAAACAACCAAUACCACUACUUAUACUACUACUACCUACACACAGACACAUUUAUGUAUGACUGGAUCAGACAUUAAAGUCCUUCAAAGACUAAUUCAAUUAUGUUGUUGCAAUAAUUAUUAAAAUUUUUGUAUAUAAAGAAGAAAAAUAAAACCAAACAAUAUUUUAAGCAUACAUUAUAUGUAUACACACAAUAUGAAAAUACAUAAAUAUCUACUUACUACAUAUACAAAACUAUAUUUAUAUAUAAAAAAAAAUAAUUAUAAUGAACUUCGGAGUUACUAAUGGUGCAAUUUACACUUAAUUUCUACAAAACAAAAAAAAUUAUAUUAAAGAAAAAAUCAUCGAGUUAAUUAUAAGAUACCCCCUCUUUGAAUUAAGUUAAAUAUGAAAAUAAGCAUAGGUUCAAUGUUCUGGCUAAACUAACCAAUGGUGUCCAUUUCAAACAAAAAAAAAUACGCUAUCUUUACGAAAAUUAAGGUUUUAUAUUUUUUUAGCAACUUUAGCAAUGAACAUGAAUUGAAUUCUGGUAGUUUAAAAACAACCUAAAGGGACAAAGACCGUUUAGUCAGAUCAAAGACAAUAUUCUAAAGGGCCUUAUCAGUGGUACAAUUGUAACGUUUGUGACAGCAACACAAAAGGAGAUCGCUCUUACCGUCAUCAAAUUGAUUCAAACUUGAAAUUUUCAAACCAACCGUUGUUAUUUUAAAUUUACAGCUUAGCUGACACGAAGUGUUGCCAAUUCAAACCACCACCAACUGUUUUGUGUGAAAAUAUUUCUUAUUGAUAUUGAAAAAAUGUGGGGAUGUAACCCAAUUGUCCGAAUCAAUUCACUUUUGCUUGAUAUGACCACCUUUUGCUUUGAGUCGGCAAAAAAAUGAUAUUGAAACUGCACGAAUGCAACCUGCGGGUAUUUUGGCCCAUUUCCGUACAAUGGCUUUCUUCAGCUCAACCAUACUGGCAUAUUUGUUGCUACUACACGAUAAUACUUGUCACAUGAGCUGCCACAUUCUGCAUUAUGUAGUCUUAUGUAUGUUAAAUACCAAUAGAGGGCGCUCUAAUCGACAUGUAUUCUCAUAUGUGUUAUACUUUUUUUUCAUAGACAUGUGUCUACAUGUAUGUUCUAUGAAAUAAAAGCUCGAUUUAAUCGAAAGAAAAUUCAUAUUUAUUGCAAAAACCAUUUGUCAUAUUAAAUUUUCUUACGUAUCAAACGAUUUAUACAACUUUCAGAUUUGCUAUUUAAAUAACAUAUGACUAGUCAGAUCGUGUAAUAGCAGCUUUACUCCAUGGCCCAAUUAGAAAAGUCCAUCGGAUUGGUAUCUGACGACAAGGACAGCCACUGGUUGGCUGAACUCAACACUGUAGCUAUUUAUACCCUACACCAACACUGUGGUACAGGGUAUUAUAAGUUUGUGAAUUUGUUUCCAACACUAAGAAGGAGAAGAGCUAGACCCAUUGAUAAUAAUACCGAUGGACUCAAAAUCACUUUGUGAUUCGAUUUUGCCAUGUCCGUGUCCAUGUAUUCUUGUAAUCAAAGUGCAGGUCGUAUUUGUUGCCCAAUCAUCACGAAAUUUUGCACAUAUCACUUUUUGGCCAAAGGACGGACGCUAUUGAUUUCAUUAAAAUCCGUUCAGAUUUAGAUAUAGUUCGCAUAUAUAUAUGUAUAGUCCGAUUUGCACUUAACUGGCCGUACUAGCUACAAUUUUCAACCAAUCUACACAAAUUUUGGCACGAACUGUUUUGUUACUGAUUUUAAUAUAUUUGCAAAAUUUCAUCAAAAUCGGUUCAGAUUAAGAUAUAGCUCCCAUAUAUAUGUAUCGCCCGAUUUGCACUUAAAUGACCGUAGAAGCUACAAAUUUCCACCGAUCUACACAAAUUUUGGCUCGAACUGUUUUGUUACAGAUUUUAAUAUAUUUGCAAAAUUUCAUCAAAAUUGGUUCCGAUUAAGAUAUCGCUCAUAUAUAUAUGUAUCGCCCGAUUUUUACUUAAAUGGUCGUAGAAGCUAAAAUUUUCCUUCGAUCUGCCCAAAAUUUGGCGUGGAAUGUUCUGUUACUGAUCAUAAGAUAUCUGCAAGAUUUCAUCAAAAUCAAUUCAGAUUUGGAUAUAGCUCCGAUAUAUGUGUAUCGCCUGAUGUGCACUUAAAUGGCCAUAGAAGCUACCACCGAUCUGCACCAAAUUUGACACGGCUGGUUUUUCUACUGAUCUUAACAUAUCUGCAAGAUUUCACUAAAAUCGGUUCAGAUUUGGAUGUAGCUCCCAUGGAUAUGUAUCGCCCGAUUUACACUUAUAAAACUGUAAUAAACACAAUUUGUAAACGAUCUACACAAAAUUUGGCACGGGUUGUUUUGUUACUGAUCAUAAUAUAUCUGCGAAAUUUCAUAAAAAUCAGCUCAAAUUUGGAUGUAGCACCCAUACAUAUUUAUCGUCGGAUUUUCACUUAGUAAAGCCGUAAAUAAUUUUCAAACGAUCUAUUUGAAAGUCGCUUCAGAUUUAGAUAUAGCCCUCAUAUACAUGUAUAUUUAUAUAUUGCCCGAAUUUAUAAUUUUAGGGUAGGUGUAGGGUAUUAUAUAGUCGGCUCCGCCCGACUUUUGCCUUUCCUUACUGGUUUUCAUUGUCGAGUCCUGUUGACAAGUCCAUGGUCUACGACGGAUUAUGUGUUUCCGAUAAUAAGUCGCAUUUACUUUGACGCCAGGCUUGUUGAAUACGAUUGGAGAACGGCCAUUGGCGGUCACAGCUGCCCAUAUGGUAUGGUGUAAGAUCGUGUGCCUUUUGGGAUUUGCUUUGGUAUUAGAUCAUUGGGCCCGUUGGACUUUAACUUGAGCUCGUUUUUAUACCCUCCACCAUAAGAUGGGGGGUAUACUAAUUUCGUCAUUCUGUUUG